AUGAGCCUAAUUGCGACGUGUAUCCUUUGCAAAGCCCAGCUACCGUUCGAGAGCUCUAACACGUGGAUACUGAUACGCCAUCUGCUCGAAAGCCAUCCCAUGGAAACGUGUGCGCCCGAGGCAGAAGAAGACUCCAUCACCAUGCCGCUGCCAACGUGUAACCGAAAUACACCCCGUAAAGGACGCGAUUGUCACCCCGAGACAAACCCCUUGCUGGGGGAGCAAACGUCUAAAAUUCAGUGCUCAACCAAACAGUCUAGCAGCGGGAGAAAAAUCGCCUACAAAACAACCGUGGCCCAAUGGAGACCGGCCCGAUUUCGUGUGAAGUGCCCCAAAUGCGCUGGAAGGUUUUUUCCAACAAUUCGUGUUGCAUCGAGCCGCAUCUCGAAUGGCUUCGGGGCAGCCUGCAUCCUUUCAUGCUGGCCGUUCUGCUUCCUGCCUGCGUUGUUCACAAACCCCGUCAAGCACCAUUUGCACUGCUCGAACUGCAAUGCGUUCCUGGGGCUGUACGAUGCUCAGCAUGAUUGUUUGGAUAAAUCGGCGAGUAAACUAAACAAAACCACCGAUGCUCGCUAG